AUCCUAAAACCUCCACACCCCACCUUCAUCGAUCCUUCUUUUCUUGGUUUCGCUUCGUAUAUAUUGAGCGCUCCACCCACCUUCAUCGACCCUUCUUGCCUCGCUUCUUUCGCUUCGUAUAGAGAGAGAGAGAGAGAGAGAGAGAGGUUUAGAUUUUGAGUUGUAUAUUGGAGAAAGCUGAAGUGGGCAUUUGGAGGAUUUGAAAAAAGAUGAUGGGAAAGUGUUAAAGGUGUGCGAUUUCAGUAAGUGAGAGAGAGAGAGAGAGAGAGAGAGAGAGAGAGAGAUACAGGGUCGAAGGGAAUCUGCCCCGAGUCUUAUGGCAUGCCUUUGGGGGAGUAGGAAGGAGGAGAAGCUUCAUCGUGAAGGAGAUCGGAUUGUCGGUUCUGCCCUCGCCACGCCCCUCGCGAUCGCUCCACGCCAAGAUCCUCUUGUUUCUACGAGGAGGAGGAGAUGAGGCGGGGCAGGCUCCUCGUGCAGUUUCUCUAUCUAUUAUUGCUCUGCUGUGAUGACCCAAUUGUUGCGUGGGCCGCUGAAGCAUUCAUUGGUACCUAUGGAAUAAAUUACGGGAGGCUUGCAGAUAAUAUCCCUUCCCCUGACAAAGUUGUUACUCUUCUCAGAGCAGCAAAAAUAAGGAAUGUACGUAUUUAUGAUGCUGAUCACACAGUCCUCACAGCUUUUAGUGGAACUGGACUUGAUUUAGUUGUUGGGCUUCCGAAUGGUAACCUAAAAGAUGUCAAUGCUAGUGAAGAUAAUGCAUUAGAUUGGGUUAAAGAUAAUGUGCAGUCUUUCCUCCCUGACACACGGAUUCGCGGGAUUGCAGUGGGCAAUGAAGUGUUGGGAGCAAGCAGUAAUGAACUUGGGGGUGUUCUUUUGGGCGCAGUGAAAAAUGUGUACAGUGCCUUGAAGAAACUUAAUUUGGACAAGGUGGUGCAAAUAACGACUGCACAUUCAACGGCCGUCUUAGCUAAUUCUUAUCCUCCCUCUUCAUGUAAGUUCAAUGACAAUGUGGACCAGUACAUGAAGCCUCUUUUGGAAUUUUUCCAGGAAAUUGGUUCUCCAUUCUGUUUGAAUGCUUACCCAUUUUUGGCUUAUCUGAGUGAUCCCGGGAAUAUCGACGUCAAUUAUGCCCUCUUCCAGAAGACCCAGGGUAUCUAUGAUCAGAAAAACGAUGUACGCUAUGAUAAUAUGCUAGAUGCUAUUAUUGAUGCUACCUAUGUUGCUCUUGAGGAUGCUGGAUUUAAAAAGAUGGAAGUCAUUGUCACCGAGACAGGGUGGGCCUCAAAAGGAGAUAGUAAUGAAGCUGCAGCGACCGUGGAUAAUGCGAGGACAUACAACUAUAACCUGCGCAAAAGACUUGCCUUAAGGAAAGGGACUCCUUUGAGACCAAAACAUGCGCUGAAGGCUUAUAUUUUUGCCUUGUUUAAUGAGGAUCAGAAACCGGGACCUACUUCUGAGAGAAAUUAUGGACUGUUCAAGCCUGAUGGAAGCCUUGCGUAUGAUAUAGGAUUUCCAGCGCUUAAAUCUUCAUCUGCAACAUCUUUGCGUGGCUCUUUGAAGGUAAUUCGAGCUCGAGCUUGUAUUGGGUCAAACGUUGUUGUCCAUGCGGCCUCUACAAUCAUACUGAUACUGUUUUCCAGAUUCUAAAGCGAGUAGGGUUUUUCUUUUUCAUCAUUUGGUGCCCGCCAUCUGAGAGUUCUAGGUUCUACAGAUUACAACGGAUAAAAAGAUGAAAUAUUCAUUUACCAGGAAUGCUAUCCUGAACGCUGCUGAGUACUUUCACACCAAAUAUGUAUAUGACUUUAGGCACAUUCGAAAGCCUCUCUUCCUCUAUCAGUAUAUAGGUCUCUUAUCUCUUUCAAGGA